AUGGAGGGACUCAAUCAAGCUAUGACAACAGCAGUGAAGAAAGGAAUAUAUGAAGGAAUUAAAAUUUCACAACCUAACAUUUGCUUGUCUCAUUUAUUCUAUGCAGAUGACGCGCUAUUCAUAGGCGAAUGGUCAAGGAGGAAUAUUGCAAAUCUAUCAAGAAUAUUACGAUGCUUCUACGUGUCGUCUGGACUAAAAGUGAACUUCAUGAAAUCAAAAGUCUAUGGAGUGGGGGUAUCAAAUUCAAAAGUUUCAAACUGGGUGGCUCCUCUUGGGUGUGAACCUUCUUCCAUCCCAUUCACUUACCUAGGAGUUCCGGUGAGCGAAAAUAUGAACAGAAAGCGAGCAUGGAGACCGGUCAUCGAUAAGUUCCAAAAUAAGCUCACGACUUGGAAAGCGAAAUCUUUAAGUUUCGGUGGUAGAGUGACUCUCGCUAAAGCUGUCCUUGGCAACCUACCUAUAUAUUAUAUGUCGCUCUUUGCAGUCCCGAACGGGGUGAUUGACACGUUAGAAAAAAUCAGAAGGAAUUUUAUUUGGAACAAGGAGUAUGAGAAAAAAAAAGCAUCAAUUGGGUGGCGUGGAAUAAGCUCGUCUCUCCAAAGACGAUUGGGGGAAUUGGACUAG